GGACAUACACACGUGCAGGCUAGCAUCCCGCGCACAAUUUUAUAGUUGUAGUUGCCAGCGAACUUGGCAAGAUGGAGAACGGCAACGAAAAGCUAAACAACCAUUGGGGAAGCGAUGAAUAUUUGUCGAGGGAAGCUAAGGACAAGACUGAAGACAACCUGUUAGCGGAUGAUAGUGACGCUUCGAGGACAGGACAGGAGGAAAGGGGGUUCGUCGGUUUGGAACGAAAGCUCGGUCUUGUAAGCGGAAUAUGUCUGAUCGUCGGCACUAUGAUUGGCUCGGGAAUAUUCGCAUCUCCUCGCUAUGUGAUGGAGAACAGCGGUUCUGUUGGACUGACACUAAUUGUUUGGUCGCUGUGCGGUGUUUUAGCGAUAUUUGGGGCACUGAGUUACGCGGAGUUGGGCACAAUGAUACCUUUGUCAGGUGCAGAAUAUGUGUACUUGCUCGAAGGGUUCGGUGCUUUGCCGGCUUUUCUGUACUCAUGGACUUCUGUCAUUGUGCUUAAGCCGUCGCAAGUUGCUAUUAUCUGUCUGGCGUUUGGCGCCUACGUGAUCGAGCCGAUCUUUCCCGGCUGUGGUGACCGAGAGAACCUACAGCCCGCCGUGAAACUCCUAGCAGCCAUCGCGAUAGGUGAGUACAAAACAUAAAAAUUAAGAUAUUGCGCAAUUUUGACAUUUGCAAAAAUAAAUGAGGGGACCGAAAACACCAAAUUUUUCAGAGGCUCUUGUUUCGUUUUGUCUUGUUUUACCUGGUUAAAAAACAGUAUAAACAAACAAAAUGCAAACGAAUGUUGUGUAAUCAUUCUGACGACAAGCUGAGUGGGAAUGUCAUCGACAUCUCGUUGGCGUGUUAAGGCGCACGACAGUUUCGUCGUGUUUGCUGUAACUUCUAAACAUCUUUAAAACUCUGUUAUCGGUUUCUAAUGUUACUCCCUUUUGAGCAAUUUUAGCAUGUACUAAUGCUCAAAAUUCUAGCUUUAUCACAAAACGGCAUAUUUAAUAAAAACUCCAUUUACAAUUUUUGCGUCGUUAAUUGGUUCAAUUUCUAUUCUCACACUGAUUGCAUCACGCACCCAGGCGUCGAAUGUUGCUUCGAUAUUUUCUUCGAGAACGUUUUCUAGCUCGUAAAAAUCAUCGAUUCGUGUUUUGUCGACCAAAACACUUAAGAAAGUGAAACUAAUGCGACCUCGAGUUUGUCCUAUACUUUUCUGCAGGUGCGUUAUGACUAUAAGGCUCCCUCGAUCGCAAUGUACUUUUGCUAGUUUUGGUAACUUAAAGCGCGCGAUGGGUUGUAUUUUUUAUUCGUAACUAAGGGUAUUCGUGAAUACCAUUCACAUUUAGUUUGUUUUCGAUCAGUGUGGGAUGUAAUGUCCAGAUAUCGAAACUGACAUCUAAAUGUAAGAUCGCCUUUUUUUCUUCAAGCACCUGUCCAAUGCCGGUCUGUUCGUAAAAAGUCUCAGUUAAAGUCAGCGAGAUAUCGAUUGGCCUGCCUCGACUGAUAAAUGUACAUAUCCGCACGGCAGGCAAUAAGUACAAAAAAUCCUGAAACUUGAGAUAUUUGACAGGUUGAUGAAUUAUUUGACAACUCUUUGAAUCUGUCACGUGUUAUCGAUAAGAAUAAUUUGAUGUUAACAUGCAGAGGCAACAUUGAAAGGCUGAAAAUUUUAGUGAAGAACAAUGACACAAGGUCGCCAACGAAUUUAUUGACAAGCCCUUUAGGGCCAACCAAAAAUACCAUACCAGGCUGACCUAGCCUUGAUUAUCACAACCCACAACCGGCUCUAAAUCCUUCAAGGUUGGAUCGAUAACUCCCUCCAGUACAUUUUCUCUUAGAAAUACUUGCAAUAUGUCACCUCACAAUGUUUUGAACUAAGAAGUUUACGUACUACUCAUAGACUAAUAGAAAUUUGCCAUUUGCUCAUCUCCCACAAUACACUUUCCCAAAAUUUUGCAAAACCAUUGUCUUCCAAUUUUUCUUGGGACAUCUGCACCCAGGAUAAAUGAAAAAAAAAAACAAGGGGUAUGCAAAAUUUUGUGGCGAAAACAAGGUGUAUUAUGUAUCAUUGUGCAAAUGGCAAAUUUGUUUUGUUUUUUCCAGUUAAACUCGAUAAAUAAAUUUGUUUGUAAUUAUCAAAAUAUUUAUUUUGUUUGUAAGAUGUUUUACUGCCCCUCAUCUGCUCAUAAUGUCAUACUUAACAAUUUGUAACGUCCAGUUAUUAUAAUUUUUUUUCAAAAACCGUGCUUUGUAUGGUCACAACCAUCAAGUGAAAUGCAAUAUCCUUUGUUGCUGGUUCAUCGUGCCUUUAACGGCAUAGAAGUGAGGGAUAUUGGGGUCUUCACCAUUUUCAAAAUCAGUGUUGCGCGUUUUGCUCUUAAAAUUUACAGUUUUGGAGUCAUUUAAAGCUAUCAUCAGUUUUUUCUCGUGGCUACGUUUGGUUCUAAAGAGGAAAGCAGGUUUUCUGGUGUCAAUCUAAUCUGUAGCCAGCUUUAUGAGCCAAGCGAGGCAAACACGGCGUUUCGCGCGAAUUGCGAGGCGAUUUUUCUCCUCCACCUCGCCUCGUGGAUGGUUCGCGCGAAAUGCCUAUAAAACGCCUGUUAUGCAGGCUAUCUAAUCUGAAGGUGCGCACACAGGAAAAACAUAACCACUUUCUGAUUAUGUGGCGGUGAUUUAAUUGCUGGAAGUACCAUUUCUGCAGUGAUUUUUGAUGUAAACAAUUUUUGUGGUGAACAGUAGCCAAAUCAGUGUUGGAUCACAGACGUAUUUCUUUUUAUCGAUAAUUCGAAAGCGCGCGCGGAGCGUGAGAACCAGGGCGACACUCCAUUGUGCUUGCGGUCAGUAAAUCUCCCUCGGUUUUUUUUUCUAUACUCGGGCGCCCUCGACCAUCCUUCCACGCAGACGUUUUUGGGGGUUCGUCACGCGUUCCUGCCUCAAGGGGAGGAUUGCGUGACGAGCCUAAAGAACGUCUGCGCUGCGGGGAGGCUACCCCAGAGGGUCUGUGUUAUACCAAAACGUAUUCUCCUUUAACAGCAGGGAAUCAGUUGAUAGCCCGACAAUACAAAAUAUUAACCAAGCGACACCUAACCAGUUACAACUAGUCGAUAUUAGCAAAAAGCAGCAUUCUUUGACUCCUUCCUCCUUACCAGUUGGGCUUUGCAGUUGGGCAUAAUGGAAGAAAAUGAGAUGAGAAACCAUAGCUACCAUGACGCUACAAGCCAGGCUGAUUUACUGGCAAGUCAAGCCGACUGUAGUCGCGACGAGAGCAAAAUAAAUCCCGCCAACAAUCAAGCUCUUCAGCUGGAGAAGCAAGUCGGCCUUAGCGGAAGCAUUUCGCUUAUCGUAGGUACAAUGAUUGGUAGCGGAAUAUUCGCUUCAGCCAGUGGAGUGUUCAGUCAGGCGGGCUCUGUAGGUUUGACUUUAUCAGUGUGGGCAGGAUGCGGUAUUAUCGCAAUGCUUGGUGCCUUGUGUUAUUGCGAGUUGGGAACCAUGAUUCCGAAAUCUGGAGGCGAGUUUGUGUACCUCCUGGAAGGUUUAGGUGCGCUGCCCGCAUUUCUGUACAGUUGGACUUCGGUCGUCCUUCUCAGGCCGGCGCAAACGGCUAUCAUCGCCCUGGCUUUUGGAAGUUAUGUCGCCGAGCCCUUUUUUCCCUCGUGUGUCAGUCAAGAUUCGGAGCGACCAGACUUAGACGUUUUGGUGAAGAUAUUGGCUUCCCUGUGCAUUGGUGAGAGCCUGCCUGUUCUAUUUCCAGGGGGUGGAGACGGCUGACAUUUUAGACUGCCAUAGCGUGCACCACAGGCGGCACCAAGAUUACGUCUGCCACGCGGUAUCAGGUCGUUUCGCCCGUACUUAAGUCGAUUUGUUCGAUGUCUGUCGUUGUUUUAAGCCUGAAAAACGGGAUAAGCAUGAAGAUAUGGACUGCACAUGUGGAAUCCAAGCUUAACUGAAAUAACAUCUCUGAUAAGCGUUUCACCGAGUUGUAGAAUUUCAUCGGGCGAAUUGACUUAAGUCCCGACAAAACGUCGCAGGGCGAAACGACCGCAAUUCCUGCGACGUGUUAUCACUGUUUGGAGAGAAUUUUAUCUUACGUCAGUUUGUGUCCUCAGAAUUUACAAGAAGAAAACAUCUUGAAAAGUUUAUGUUAAGCCCAAGAAGGCAUGGACUUUCGUUACUGGACGACAUUAAGUCGGGUUUUUUUCUUUCCCAUCGACAAUUUCACGGAUUUCCCCCCAUAAAGAAAAGUGCCGUUAUGAAAGAGGAAUAAUCCCCAAGGAAAUUCCAUGGAGAGCUUUUAGAGUUUAUUUCUGGGUGAAUUGUUUACGUGAAUGCCUAUUCUAGACAUUUAAAAUCCGGCUCAAAAGUUUUAGUAGGUUAGAGGAAAGCUCCAAACUUUGCGACACUUUUAAGUCCCGGUCAUCCUCUGCGACUAACCAGUGUUUGACAGGAUGCAGUUUUUUGGCAUUUCCUAGCCUAAGUGGCAGGCGUUAAAAGGGGAAGGGGGAAUUUGGGCGUGCGGGGGGGGGGCGUGCGAGGGAGAAAGGAAAGGUUCCCCUCCUCCCUCCUCCCUCGGGCGCGAUCUCGCGCCCUUAUUCCCUUCCCCUUCCCUUUCGAACGCCUGCCACUCAGGCCCAACAAAAACCAUCCCCUACAGGAAAUAUAAGUACCCACACAGUUUUUUUUUCUGUCGCUUUGUUCCCUUUUCAGUCUUACUGUAAUGAAAACAAUAGAGAUUAUAGAAUACCAGCCUCUGUUUGAGUCGACUUAAAUUUGUACUUCUUUUCAUUGCAGCGGUGAUUCUGUUUGUGAAUUGUGCGAGUGUGAAGUGGGCCUCGCGGAUGCAAAUCGUUUUCACUGUUUGCAAGAUGGCGGCAAUAGUCAUGUUGAUUAUCACUGGUAUUGUUCGCCUUGGACAAGGUAAGGAUAUCACCGUUUUUGUUCUCAUAUUUAAGUUCUUUGAACUGCUCAGAACGAGAGAAUUUGCCAGCUUUUUCGGUGUUAGAGAUUUAUCCACGGUGUUGACCUAUACGCACCUUGACAAAAAUUGGGUCCUUAUUUCCAAAGGGUCCUCAACACUACCAUCUUAUCACCUCCUCUUAACUUCCCACUGAAUCAUACUGAUACCAGUUGCUCUUACAAGGGCUCUUAAACACAGCCGAUUUUCUGUGGUUUUAUUUUUAAUAAGACUGUAAGUUUCGAUUUUAAUUCGUGCUUGCAAACUAGCGGCCAUUUCACUGAGAUUUAGUGCCAUGUGUUUCAACGUGCUCGAAUUUGAUGAUUUAUCGGCGAUUUCAAGUUCGAAGGUAAGAAACAACAUAAUCGAGGCGAACUGUUUACAUCGCAUGAAGCGUUUUAACACGCAGCGUUUUGGCGGACGUUAAGCGCGGAAAAACACAUUACCCAUGGUUGCCACAGGUCGGGAAAUGGUCAGGGAAACAAAUUAAAAAAGGUCAGGGAAAAGUCAGGAAAUUUCACUUCGAGUCAGGGAAAAUUUAAGCCUUUGAAAGAAGUCAGGGAAAAGUGACAUUUUAAGAGUACAUUUGUACAUUUUACGGACGUGAAUUGUGUUUGGUAGAAUGUUGUCCAUGAAAUUGAACAACAAGCUGAUGUUGGGUUUGAGGAAAAUCAAUCCUUAUUGCACGUUACGUGAAGGAACUAUAAAUUCGUGUACACCGCACUUGACUUUCUAAAAGCGUAAAUAAAUGGGUGGAAGGGAUGCCCGUGAGGGGAACAUAAUUUGUGAAAUUGUUAAUUCAGUUGGUCAGGGAAAUUUUACAUUUGUCAGGGAAGAGUCAGGGAAUUUCAGAAACCUCUGGCGCCGGUUUUUAAGGCGGAGGGAGGAAUUUCGAGGACGCGCAUACGUAAGAGGGGAGAAAAAGAGUGGAGGCCUUCUCUCCCCUUUUCCCUCGCACGCUCGUUCAGGUAGAAACGAAAUUUUCCUCAGGAAUAAUAGAGGGAGCAAAAUACGAGAGCUUUUCUUAAAAAUCGCCACCUGCGAGUAAGGUGAAACGCGAAGGGAAGAGGCAAAUUUCGUAUUUCCACACGUUCGCGUAUUUUGCUCUCUCUGCCAUUUUCGCGGGUGGCGAUAUUCAUUACAACAAGCGUGUUAAAAAAAAUUCGCUCUCUUUUUUAUCCCCAAAGUAAAUGACAGUCUACUUGUAGUCUAGAGAUUCUACUAAAAAAUCCAUUGCCGCUAAAAACUGCUUUGAAACAACAUCCGCUUAAAAGUUGUUUAUCAUCUUUAUUUGAAGAUUUCUCUUGGUGUUAUUUUUCACAGGAUACACAGAAAGUUUUCAGAAUUCGUUUAGCGGUACAACAAGCAGAAUUGGUCUUGUGGGAUUUGCGUUUUACAAUGGUUUGUGGGCCUAUGAUGGCUGGUAAGUCAGUUCUUUAAUCUUUUUCUGCUAGCAGUGCUAGGAUGCUCUUGGCGCCGGUCUCCGUAGUAAACUACUGAACAACUUUGUAUUUGAAUACCUAGGUCACGUUGUUUGCACGAAAAAUUGAUUCAUCAAAUAAGCGCCUCUACUCAAAUAAGCGCCCCCUUCAAAUAUUCGCCCUCUCCCACGCCUUAUCCUAAAUUUGAGGAUGUACGGUGUGUUUUGCUGAAUUGGUUUGUUUCUUCACCAUUAUUUAUAAAUUUACUUUUUUUAACGUACAGGAAUAAUUUGAACUACGUCACGGAAGAACUGAAGAAUCCUUACCGGUAAGACACUAAUAAUAAUAAUAAUAAUUAUUAUUAUUAUUAGUGUGAUGAUGAUGAUGAUGAUGAUUCAGUUACUUAUAUAGCACCAGAUUCUUCCAUAAAAAUGAUCAGAGGUGCUUUACAAUAAUUCACCUAAAACUCAUUACAAAAUAAUAUAAAUAUACUAUGUAAAAUGUAAUAUAAUAAGAAUAAAUUACUAGAUCAAAUAAUCUUAAUAAAUAAACUUAAAAGACACAAAUAAUUAACUCAGAUCAACUGAGAUGCAUAGUUAACUGACCAUAUACAGUUUUGCGAUGUUUCUGGCAGGAAGCCAUUUUCUAUUCAUUUCUUACGUUGUCAAGCGAUUUAGCCUUUGAAGUAGCGUCAGCAUCAUGGCCUUCCCGUUUUCAUUAAUUUCAACCUGUAAAGGCAUCUAUCCUCCCCACUCCCAACCCCUCGAAAACGUGAGUUUUGUGGACGUUUGACUCUUAUUCGCUGUGAAACGUUUGGAGCUUCCGGCGGCUCGCGGCUUGCGCGUCCGUUUGAGUGAUAGUGUGAUAGGGAUGCAAAACCCUCAUAUGAUCUUCUCUUAUUGUCUUCUUACAGAGACUUGCCGCUGUCCAUUUUAAUUGGCAUUCCCCUAGUAACGGUCUGUUACGUGCUGGUAAAUAUCGCUUAUUUGGCAGUACUAACGCCCGCGGAAGUCAUGGAGUCAAGUGCUGUCGCCGUGGUAAGUAACAAUUGUCGCCUUAGGUUUAGUCUGUCUCAAGCUCUACCCGCCACCCAAGAAAUAGACUGGUGACAUUACGAUCCGACCACGGCAUUGCCGAAGAAAGCGUCGCAGAGAAACUGUCUUCACAUUCUUUCAAACCUUUUCGCGGAAUAAAACGCGAGUGCAAAAGAUCAAUGGAGGCUCGCUGCCGUCGCCGUCGUAGUUGGCCUCAUUCUGCGUUAAAACGGUGGAGAUGACCACGCGACAUUUUCCUGCCACUUAUCCCUCCAUUUAUACCGGUUUUUAACGUUCUUGAAAAAACGAUGGUAAUAACCGUGAUUAUUUUAAAUUUUAUUGUUUUGUUGUUGCUACAAGUACGGUACUUUCUAUUAACUUGAAUAUGACCAAGAGAGAUUUGUUGUUCGGAAUUUUUGAGUUGUUUCGUUUAAAAGAGUAAUUUGACCAAAUUAGAGAGCGUUUGCACUCAAGUUUAGCCCAGUGUGUCGAUGUUCCGCUAAACUUCAGUUACAGAACACAAGGGAAGGUAAACAGGAGAGUGUUAAUUCCGGUUUUUAAAUAUUGCAUUUUAGACCUUAGCAGAUCGUUUGUACGGCGUCAUGGCUUGGGUUAUUCCAAUAUUUGUUGCAUCGUCAACAUUUGGAGCAGCUAACGGAUCAGCUUUUAGUGGUGGAAGGUUGGUAUUUCAGCGUACUGAAAUUCUGCUUAUUAUAUUGGUUGAAGUCUUACCUACUGUUGCUUUCAUCUUGGCCUGGCAGCUUCAGUGAACAUGAUGAUAUAGUUACUACAUAGGGCUUUACUGAAUCGUGUUAUGGCCAGGCAUAUAUACAGCUUAACCAAUAAAGGCCUGAUAUCCUCAUACAAUUCUUCAAACAGAUCUCUAUACAUUUCCAUCAACAAUUAGUUUGGGGAAUUUGAUAGAAGAUCAAAGUAUUUUCCUGUAGGUGAUCAUUUUAUGAAUUCUCAUAACCUUUACUCUUGAUUAUGUGUCGAUAUGAUUAGCAGAAAAUUGAUGUUGAUCACUCUUGGAACUUAAAGGGUUAACUUCUUGAUUAUCCCUCCGGAUAGAUUUAUUCAUGAAUAUUUGUAAAUCAUGAUGAAGAUCCUAGGUUAUUCGAAGGUGCAUUUGAGAUUUAUUCUUUCCUAUUAGAGCUAACUUAACUUUGAACAAAUUGACCCUGUAGUUAGAGCGAUUGUCGUAUGUCCUUGAAAAAUGGUUUCGGUAAGUGUUCGUUGUUUGUUUUAUCAGCCAAUGGUUGAACAGAACAAAACAUGGACUCUUCGUUUUCCCGCCAAAGAAAACCCUAAUAUGGCGAAGGCAUUGUUCGAUUGACCAAUCGUGUUUCAGUAUGACGUCAAAGCGAUUUCUAGAAAGUUCUUCGGGCAUGAAUUUUUUGCAGCCGAGCGUUCGCUUAACCAACCAAAAGCCAGGUGCGUUUGUAUCCGUUCGAUAAACCAAUCAAAUCGCUCUAUUUCCGUUGUUUUGUUCUUUCUGUUUUGUUCGCGCGUUUUCAUUUCAAGGUCAUACGAAAUUCGCUCUGUCAUAAAAAUAAGCCCAACAACGAGAUACAUACAUUAUCUCUCGAUGUUACUGUAGAUUAGUAUUCGCCGCCGCCCGAGAAGGACAUUUGCCCAAGUUCCUUGCCAUGAUUCACACAAAGAGACACACUCCCCUUCCCGCCAUGCUGUUCACGGUAGGUCAAAAGAAUCGAAUUGACAACAGACAAACUGACAUUACUGUACGCUGGCUUCGCGGCGAGCAGGCUUGAUCAAGGGAAUUCACCCCGGGGAGGUACUCCUAGGAAUUCUUGGUGGGUAUGUGCCGCCCAGUUCUCCAAAUCCUGACCCUAUUUCAUACCAAAAACUGUAAUUUUCUACACCCGUUUUCAGACCAGACCUCUAAAAUCCAAACCCUUUUUCAGAUCUGGCCUUCAGACAGAAAUUAUGUCAUCAUUUUUUAGAUUAGAGCGCAAACAAACAAUUUCUCCAAAUGCAUAUCCAAUUCGCAAAUUCCUACUUCGUUCUUAUUCAUUUGGAGUUGAAACGAUAAAUAAGUUCAUACACCCCCGUAGUUCCAUCGAAGACCAUACCCGAUUCCAGAUCAAAAUGGGCAAAGAGUAUACCCGUUUUCAGACCAGAAAGGACAAAAAACCCUACACUUUUGGGCGGUACACGUCUAUAUGGCUUAUAUAGGGGAGUCCCCUCCUCCUGGGGGGAAUUCACCCAGCAGAUAAGUUGGGCCAGCCUAUGGGUUAUCAGCUCUGGUAUCUCAGCUUUACCGCUUUUUGUUGCUGCCGGAAUGCAGGAAAGCAUUUUUUCUGCUAUACAAUAAAUUCUGUAUUAACAACGCUAGUUUCCGUGAAAAUAGGCUAGAUAUUGCUCGUUCUUUUCUCUCUCUUUCUCUCUCUUUGUUGUUCUUUUUGCAAGAAAAGAACUUGGAAAAUAUCCAGCCUUCCCGACAUUAUAUUCUCAGUGAAAUAUGCUCCUUUCUGCAUUUUAUUUUGGUUCUUGUAAAUCUUCCUAAGUCUAGCUUAGGAAGAUUAUCUUAGGCUCAUUCAGUUAUUUUUCGCGACUAUGUUAUGAACUGAGAACCCGUGUUCGUUAAAUACAGUCGACUCUCUCUUAACGGACACCUCUAGAAGACGGACACCUCUGUAAAACGGACACUUAGAGUUGGUCCCUGCCUUUCUUUACUCCCUUUAUUUGACUCUCUAUAAGACGGACACCUCUCUAAGACGGACACUUGGAGCCGGUCCCAAAGGUGUCCGUCUUAGAGAGAGCUGACUGUACACUUUUGUAAUAUAACUUUAUAACUUUCCUCCGCAGAGGCCUCUUUGUUUCGUAGGGAGGCUGGGGAGAAGCAAAAUCAUGCGGGGGACGAUGGGAAGGGAAAAGAAAGGAAGCGAGGCCUCGGUUCCCGCCAUUUCCCCCUUCCCAUCGUCCCCCGCGCGCUUUUCUUUUUUCGAUUAUUGCAAUUUUUACUGUUGUGAUACCCAGCAGCAACCUCUGUGGAGGAGGGAGUGAUAACUUAACAUAUUCGGCUACCAUUUCACCGAUCUUUUCACACUUAUCGCUCACUAGCCUCCCACGCAGACGUUCCUAGGGCUUCCUCACGCGUUCCUACCCUACGAACGUUCGUUCCUUCUGACGAAGCCUUAUAAGAACGUCUGCGUGGAAGGCCAGCCAUUCAACUUUCUUCAGAUAGUUUUUCGUCACUUUUCCCUGUUUUGCUUUUUGACCGCAGAGUAUAAUUGCCUGGAUCAUGUUACUGCCUGACUCCAGCUCUUUUGAGACGCUAAUAAACUACUUCAGUUUUGCUGCUUGGGUUUUCUAUGGUGUCACGGUGUCUGCUCUCAUUUGGCUUCGUUAUCGGAAACCUGAAAUGAAACGACCCUAUAAAGUGAGUCAUGUUGCCUUAAUAAUUAAUUACGCUAAGGAACCAAGGUCCUCGAUGAUUGGUUCCUUGUGUUAGGGCAGGGGGGUGGGGCAAGGGUAAUAGAUAGGGAAGCCUGAAAGCGAGGCUCAGGCGGAACUAAGUUGAGAGAAAGAGAAAAAAGACAUCCUGAAGGUCUUGGGAAAAAUUGUUAUAGAUCAAGGAAAAUUAUGGAAAUCUGAAACGCUAUUGCAACACAACAAACGUUCGGAUGGAAAACUAUAGCAACUGAAAAAAUCUACUGGAAUAAGGUGUGCAACGAUUCACCGAUGCAUCGGUUUAAAGGCGAUAUUUGUUCUAACGAUAUGAGUAUCGAUAUUUCAACAAGAUGUCGUGAUAUUACGAUACAAUAAAAUUGUAUUGUAUCGUGGCCCUUGUAUCACGAUUUGUGUCAUAUCAUGUGAAACUGUAUCGUUGCAGCCAUAACCAGAACCCUGCAUUAGGUGCUGAAAUCAUUUUGAUAGGAGAGGCGUUUAUGUUGCUCUGGACAGCUUUUGCGUGGAAAUGAUAAAUAACUGAACAUACACAGUUUUAUAUCGAUAGAAAGUCUACAGGCAGUUAGGAAUAUUACAGAACGAUUGACUACCACGAACACCAGAAUGCAUGUUGUGCAACCUAAUUUUAUUUAUGAUUCUUCCUUUUUUAUGUAACGUUCUCUUCAAGUAGCAGGGUAAAAGAUAAAGAGACAUUGUAGACAGCAAUGCUAGUUUGAGGGGUAAGGUCGGUAAAGAGGCAGCUAAAAGUAGGUUAUGUACUCCUUGGAAGGCUAGAGAUAGGAAGGGCGUGAUAGAAGAAAGGAAGACUGAUCACUGGAAAUGAAGUGGAAUGACAUGGAGUCUCAGCUAUUCAGUGAGAAGCAACAAAAGCUGGAGGACAAGCCAACCAUGAUAACUGAAUAGCUACUGAAUACUGAAUACCUUGUUUCAAUUUGCGCGUGUCGGAAGAAACACUUAGAAUAGCAAGGUAGAAGGGCAGGAAGAAAGGAAACAGAGGGCGCGAUCCAUUCAACCAAAAUUCCAACCGGUCCGACCGGGAAAAUUGGUCGACCUUAAAAGGUCCAGUGAGUUUUAGACGGAAAUUUCCGGAGAUUUUGGUUGAAUGGAUCGCGCCCAGAGAGACACUGGAACCUUCGCGUUCAAUAUGUCGGGUAUAGAUGCCGAGGACCCAUCAAAUGCACCUUGAGUUUCGGCUGAGUGAAAUCCAUCGAAUACGCCGCCGUUUGUUAAAUCAAUGACUAUUUUCCUUUAUCAGGUUCCAAUAGUAGUACCCAUUCUUGUCUUGCUGGCCUCAAUUUACCUGGUAAUAGCACCCUUCUACGAAGCGCCUCUGGAAUCAUUCUUCUGCUUGCUCUUCAUUUUGGCUGGAAUACCUGUCUAUCUUAUUUUUGUCUAUUUUGACAUCGUGCCUCGAGGCUUCUUUGCGGCAAUUGGUAAGUUGUUCUUUCUGUCUUUAUUUAUUUAG